UAGCUUGAGAGAUGCAGAGUGAUAACUCUACCACUCCUCUUCUUCAAACCAUCGAUGCUUCCAAUAAUCUUCAAGCUUACUCCGAUGAGAAGACGGCGCCAGCAAGCCUCGACGAAGCAAUUGAGAGCUUCACUGGUGGCACCAGCAAAGCACUACUCUGGCAAGCUUUCUUAGCCUCCUUGGCAUGGAUCUUUGAUGGUCAGCAAACCUUCAUCAACGUCUUCACCGAUGCACAACCCGCGUGGCACACCACCACCGGCGGCGGUGGCGGCGCCGCCACACAGUGCAACUUGACAAGAGACUCAUGGACAUGGGACCGCCCAAAGGAAACCUCAAUUAUAUCAGACUGGGACCUACAGUGCUCUUCGGCGGCGGUGGUUGGUCUCCCGGCAUCAGCCUUCUUCGCCGGAUGCGUUCUUGGAGGUCUCCUGCUGGCGACACUCGCCGACUCCAAGUUUGGUAGGAAAAAUAUGCUUUUUUUCACUUCAUUAUCCAUGUCUAUAUCAGCAGGGCUCACAUCAGCAUCGCCGAACUUAGUGAUUUACUCUUUGCUUCGUUUCAUAUCGGGUUUUAGCCGUGCCACCGUCGGCACAAAUGCGCUUGUCUUGUCAACAGAGCUAGUGGGGAGAAGAUGGAGAGAAGCAGUAGGGAUCAUGGGGUUUCUUUGCUUCACUUUGGGAUUCUUAUCUCUUCCAAUAAUGGCUUACCUUGUUAGAGAUCACUCAUGGCGCAUGCUCUACAUCUUGAACUUCAUCAUGUCUUUGAUAUACUCCAUUAUAAUAUUCUUCUUUCAAAAAGAGUCUCCAAGAUGGCUUCUUGUACGUGGACGUAGAGAUGAAGCCAUGCAAACACUUGGAAUAAAUGGUAGUUUGAGUAAAAGAUUCUCAUCUUUUUUAGAUAGGUUUGAAAAGGAAGAAAAGAAGGAUGGUGAUGUUUUCUCAUCCAUGAGGGUUUUGUGGGAGAAGAGAUGGGUUUUUAGGAGAAUGGUUGCAGCUAUGAUAGUAGGAGUUGGGAUUGGAAUGGUGUACUAUGGAAUGCCAUUAGCUCUUGGGAGUUUGGGUUCAAAUCUUUAUGUUAGUGUGGGAAUGAAUGCAUUGAGUGAAGUGCCAUCAAAUCUUUUGGUGCUUGUGUUGAUUGAAAGGAUGAGUAAAAGGAUGUGUUUGCUGGGAUUUAAUGUUGUGAGUGGACUUGGGUGCAUAAUGUGUGUGUUUCUUGUCCGGAGGUGGUGGCGGGUGGUGGCGGAGUUGGUGGGGUUUUUUGCGGCGUGUAGUGGGUUUUCGGUGAUGAUGGUGUAUAGUGUGGAGUUGUUUCCUACGGCGGUGAGGAACUCGGCGGUGAUGAUGGUGAGGGAGGCGAUGGUGUUGGGAGGGACGGUGGCUCCGAUGAUGAUCGCCGCCGCCGGGAAGGCAGGGAAUGGGGUGGUGUCUUUUGGAGUGUUUGGGUUGGUGAUGGUGUGUUUCUCUUUGUUUGUUGUUUGCUUGCCGGAAACCAAAGGAAGACAGAUGUUUGAUACUUUGGAGGAGGAGGAGGAAAAGAUCAAAAAAAAUUAUGAGAGUUUGAUUUGUUAGAUUUUUAUUUUGUAUUUUUUUUUAUUAUGUAUAAUGUAUUUGUUUGUAUUUUCUAAUGUUAUAU